GCAAGCUUGAUGCGCACCAAGUUAGCGAGCCAGGUAGCAUCUAAACAGCUAGCAUGUCUCAGUUAACAUACAGCAGACUGUCUCAUUUUCUGAGAACAUCAGUUCAUAAGUUCUCAGUUUUACGAACAGGAACAGAAAUAAAACCGGGUCCUGCGUGGUGUGUGCAGUUCACACGCUGCCAGAGGUCGGUGGACAGUAAGUCAUUACAGGAGAGGCAGAAACAGCAGAUGGCGAAAGGUCUUCCCAAACAGAAGCCCAUCACGGGAGUCAAACAGGUCAUCGUUGUGGCUUCAGGGAAAGGUGGCGUGGGCAAGUCCACCACCGCAGUGAAUUUGGCUCUUGGAUUAAUAGCCAACGAUCCGGUGAAGUCAGUCGGUCUGCUGGACGCUGACGUUUACGGUCCGUCGAUUCCCAAACUGAUGAACCUGAAGGGAAACCCGGAGCUCAAUGACAACAAUCUGAUGAUCCCUCUCACCAACUACGGGGUUCCUUGCAUGUCGAUGGGGUUCCUGGUGGACGAUGUGGCUCCGAUCGUGUGGAGGGGGCUGAUGGUGAUGUCGGCGAUAGAGAAACUGCUCAGACAGGUGGACUGGGGGUCAUUGGACUAUCUGGUAGUCGACAUGCCUCCUGGGACAGGAGACGUCCAGCUGUCAAUCUCCCAGAACCUCCCAGUAUCAGGUGUGGUCAUCGUGUCGACGCCGCAGGACAUCGCCCUGCUGGACGCUCGCAGAGGAGCCGAGAUGUUCAAGAAACUUAACGUGCCGGUUCUCGGUCUGGUGCAGAACAUGAGCGUCUUCCAUUGUCCCAACUGUAACCACCAGACUCACAUCUUCGGCUCUGACGGCGCCCGACUGCUCGCAGACACUCUGGGAGUCAAAUUAUUAGGUGACGUCCCUCUUCAUCUCAACAUCAGAGAGAUGUCAGACAGAGGGAAGCCAGUGGUCAUCUCUUCUCCUGACAGCCCGGAGGCGGAGGCAUACAGGAAGGUGGCGGCUGCUGUGGUCCAGAGACUCGAGGAAGUCAAGACUUGCUUGAUAUAAACUGUGAGCGCCAUGAGGACAGUCCAUGACAGCACUUGCAAGACAAACACGUGUAAACAUACAAAACACACAGAAACAGAAACUUCUUUGCCGUUGUUACGCACAAUAAGUUAAAUCCCGAACACUACUGUACGCUGUGGAUCAGUACCACAGUGUUACUGAAUGAAAUGGAUCCCUACAGCUGUGAUGAUAUUUAAUAAAUCUGUCUGUUUACCACUUUCUGAAUAUGUAUAUAUAAUAAAGUAACUGUUUAAUAUCCAGUUAAACUCCCCAGUUGUUCUGGAUGUUUAUUGGUUUGUUGUUUGGAUUUUGAAUUAACAUUGCAAUGUAUUAUAGAAAAGUACGUGUUAAAGUAUUCAUGCUGAAAAUAUGCAGAAUGAUCCUUUAAUUCUGAAAGGUGCACUUCUACAGACCACCAGCAGAGGGAGCGUGUUACAUAUUGAAUAAAAACAUUUUCAU